UGAGGAUCUCUGGUGCACGCCUGCAGUCAUGCCGUCCAAGGGUCCUCUGCAGUCUGUGCAGGUCUUCGGAUGCAAGAAGACGGCCAUAGCCGUGGCGCACUGCAAACGUGGCAACGGUCUCAUAAAGGUGAACGGACGGCCCCUGGAGAUGACCGAGCCGCGGAUGCUUCAAUACAAGUUGCUGGAACCUGUUCUGCUUCUUGGGAAGGAGCGAUUUGCUGGCGUGGACAUCCGAGUCUGUGUGAAGGGUGGUGGUCAUGUGGCCCAGAUGUAUGCAAUUCGUCAGUCCAUUUCCAAAGCCCUGGUGGCCUAUUACCAGAAAUAUGUGGAUAAAGCUUCCAAGAAGGAGAGCAAAGACAUCCUUAUCCAGUAUGACCGGACCCUGCUGGUAGCUGAUCCUUGUCACUGUGAAUCCAAAAAGUUUGGUGGUCCUGGUGCCCGUGCUCGCUCAUCUGGUAACUGUCAGGAUAAACUCUUCCUCAUCAAGGAUGCCAUCCUGGACCACAGAGAGGUUCCCCCUAUUGCAGCAUAG